CAUUGCAGUAGUUAGCAGUUCAUUGUUUAUCAGUCUUCAGUCCCCUAGUUAGAUAGAUAGAUACAAUAGAGAACUCCGCGGCCCUGGCAUGCUGCAAAUAUUUUCAGCUGUUCUUCUUCUAGCAGUUGCUUGUAUCCAGGCAAACCAUGAUUGCGAGGAUAAAAUUGUUCAUUCCUCUGAUGGGGUUGAUACUGUAUAUGAAUUGAUGCACCAUAAUUCAAGAUGGACAAUAGCAACGGUUGAGAUUUGUAUGAGUGCUUGUGCCUACACCAGAGCUGACAAAACCGUGGGGGUUUAUUGUUUCCCAGCCUGGGGUUCUCAUACAGAUACUUGUUGUGGGACUAAAUUUGAGAAACCAAAGAAUAACACAAAAGUGCCGCCGACAAUUACAGUGCCAAUAGGAAACGAAAACUCUACUGAAAAUGUAACCCAGCCCAUUUCUCCAGAAGUUUCUUCUGACGUGUAUUCCGGAUGCAGUACAUCUAAAACCUGUUUUGGAUCUCCGGCCGGAUGUGAAAAGACAAAAAACUGUGAUUACAUGGUCACGUGGAAACUGAACGGCAAAAAGGUAACUUGGGAAACUAUCCGUCAAGGUUCUGGAUACGUGGCAGUGGGUAUAUCAAAGGAUGCUGUUAUGGGAGAUAAAGAGGGUCAAGGAGAUAUAAUGUUUAUUUGUAACCAGACCGGUGUACAUCAGCGAAUCAGUAAGACAGCUAAUGUGAAGCCAAUCAUUGAUUCAAACAAUUCUUGGACUAAUCUUACUCUAAUAAAAAACUCUACAAUAGAUAACAGGCUUAUGUGUAUAUUUGAAAGUUCUGCGGUUUUGCGACCAGGAUUUGCAACAGGAAUGUCUCCAGAUCGUGAAUCAUUUUUUGUUCUCAUGGCCAAAGGAGAAAUGAAUAAACAAGAUAUUGAUUAUCAUGGAAAAAAUAAAAUGGCCACUAAACGGCCAGUGGACUUCAGAAAACCAAUUGACAUGUCGAAUGCAAAUUCUACCCAAUCAGAAAACGCAGGAUGUCCUGAAUUAACCCUGAAAGAUGAUCUAAGUGUGCAUACUGUAAGCGAGAACUGCAGAGGAAACGAAAAUAAUCAAAUUAAGGGAUUACCGGAUAAGACGGAGUGCAGUGUCGAAUGUCAGGAAAUUGAUACUUCUGGAAAUGUUAUAAUCAAUGAUGAUACUGUUUCUAUAGAAUUCACUUGUCAAUGUGAAAAUGGUCUUUGUGAUUGGUCUGAUAGAGAUAAAUUAGAGUCUUGCGGCAAAACAUUGGAAGGUUCCAAUACGACAAGUGCCAAUGUUUGAAGAGCUGAAGUCAGUACGAAGUUCUAAAUUUAUGAGGAUUAGGAUGAAUGAGGAUAUUUAAUAAAGUUUAUAUUUGAUUUCGUUAAUAUUCCGGAUUUGUUUUUUUAAGAAAUUUGUUUGUUGGAAUAAUAAUGCACAAUGUUGAUACAGGGUUACCCACAAAGAAUGAGACUUCAGACUGAAAUUUUCAUUUUUUAAGAGUUUCAAGUCACCUAUAUAGUCUCGAAUCCUUUGUGGGGACCCUGUACAUGAAUAAAAGAUAAAAUAUAUACAUAAAAUAUU